AUGGUCAUACGACUUAUGCAUCAAGGUCAAUCGCAUGUCUCAAAUGUGCGAAAUGAAAGCGCACAACCUUACAAAAAUAGGAAAAGACGAAGACAAAAGCAAAAUCGAGGUCAAGGUGACCUACCGAAAGAGUCUACAUCAACUUCCGUGUUGGAUUCUAUGGGGAAGCCUUCAGCUGGUAUGUUAGGUAUAACUCCAUGGAUCAGGGGCGAUUAUGAUCAGUGCCUGAACAUUGAUAGUGGACGCAGUUCUAAACUCAGAAAUUCGAAAAAUAUUAACGGAAAGUAUUGCUUAUUGGAAAAUAUAGCUAAACCAACGUCAAUUUCGAAUUUAUUAAAAGUUUCAAGUUCUUUCCGAGUAGAGUUUCGUUUCGAUAUUUGCAUCCCGAGUGAUUGCCACGAAAAUGAUUUAAGUAGUAUUUUAAAUUGGUUGCUCGGUAGUGAACUGUCAGCUAGAGUUGAUUAUUGCAAAGAGAAGAACCAGAAAGUUGUUUAUUCCACUGCUCAAAUAAUAUGUUUGUCGUUCUUCGGUUUCUUUUCAAGUUGGGUUGUCCUGGCAACUUUUGUCGAAACUUUAAUGGAAUUAGGCAUUAUCUCCUCAAGUGGUAAAAGAGAUAUUGCCACAAUGAAUUUAAUCUUCGUUUCGUUGUAUCAGUCAAUUCGUAAGCUACGUUCUCAUUGUAUAAGAGACAGAACUGCUGCAUUCUGUGGAAUGAAGUUUUCUUUAAUGUGUAUAUUAAUUUUUUUUCACAUUUUUGUAAUGCUCCCUAAUGAACCAGUAGAAAAGUACAAAAAUAUCCCGGAGUUGUAUGAUUAUAUUCCUGUGGAAAUAUCUACUGCUAGUUUCCCAAUGAUGGAGAUUUUUUUCUUUAUAAGUGCUUUUCUUCUCUCUUAUUCUAACCAGAACAGUGUGAAAUCUGCAAUGGAUAUUCUCGUUUUAUUGAGAAAGAGAAUCAUCAGGUGAGAGAAUUUUAUAUUUAUUUGUAUAUGUUGAUAAUUCGUUCAGAUAUAGUGCAAGCAAAUGUGCAAAAUUUGAAGAAAAAUUGUUUCAAAAAUAAACUUUACUCAGAAUCGAAACGAAAGAUGGAAAUACAUUAGCUCACUGGUUAUGAUCAAACUUUCUUGAGUUUAUAGUG